CGUAUGUAGUCUAUCUACGAUACAGCUGAGGUUCGCCUACGAGGAAUAACAUAAGCAAAUUUAAGUAAAAUGGAAACAUAUUCAUCAAAUGAUUCAGCGAUAAGAAUAAUCAAUGCGGUUAAAUCUUAUGGCAAAGGUUCAAAUGUACUUAAUGGUCUUUACAUGGAUGUACCAACGGGAGCUAUUUAUGGUCUCCUGGGUCCAAGUGGUUGUGGCAAAACUACAUUAUUAAAUCUAAUAAUUGGUACAGAAACUUUGAAUUCAGGUGUUGUAAAUGUACAAAUAGAAUCUAAAAUGGAUAUUGGCUAUAUGCCUCAGGGAAUUUGCUUAAGUAAAUAUCUCACGGUACGCGAAACACUUAUGUAUUAUGGUUCAUUAUAUAAUAUGCCCGAAGAAAAGAUACUACAAAAAACGGCUGAACUUGGUGAGAGUUUGGACAUUCAUUUUUUUAAUUCACUUAUCAAAGAUCUAAGUGGAGGACAAUGUAGAAGAGUGUCCCUUGCAGUUAGUUUAUUACACAAUCCAAAAAUCUUAAUAUUAGAUGAACCGACAGUAGGUCUCGAUCCUAUUUUAUGUUCCAACAUUUGGGAUUAUCUGGCAAGUUUGGUAAAAAGAGAAAAUAAAACUGUAAUAAUUACCACUCACUACAUCCAAGAAGCCAAUAAAGCAAACAUUAUAGCUUUUAUGAGACAAGGAAAGAUAAUAAAAGAAAGUUCUCCUCAGAAUAUACUGUCUCAUUAUAAUACUGAUUCGUUGGAAGAUGCGUUUUUACAAAUUAUAACAGAAUCUUCUAAACCAUUGGUGAUUGAAGAACCAUCACCGAGCUUAUGUCCCGAAAGAAGAAGUACAACAUUAUUCGAUGUAAUUCAAAAUAAAGAUGUUGCUAUUUCCAAACAUAGAAUCUUGACGUUAUUCAAGAAACACUGUCUUACAAUUAGUAGAGAUUUUAUAUUUUUCUUUUUUAUGUUUGCGUUGCCGGUGUCUUUGUGUUUGUUGCUGAACUUAACUGUUGGUAAUAAUUUUAAAUACAUUACUUUAGGAGUGCAAAAUAAGGAAACCGAUAUGUCUAGCUGUAAAACUAUGAAUAGCAGUGGAUGCAUUUUUGACGACAACUAUAAUAGUACAUUGAGUUGCAGGGUGAUUAACUACCUGUAUUCGCACGAUUACGAUUUUAUACAGUUCAAUGAUACAGAAACUGCUCUAAAAGCUGUCAAUAAGGCACAGAUAUAUGCAUUUAUAAGUUUUCCCAAAAAUUUUACACAAGGGAUUCAACAAUUUAUCAAUGGUGAUAAUAAAAUAUCAGUUAAUUCUCAGUUAUUUUCGUAUAUUGAUAAAGCAAAUAUGUUAAUAAAAUCUCAAAUUGAGGGUCAUAUUACUAAUGCAUCAAUAAACGCAAUAAAAAAUGAAAUAGCUCGAUGCUCGUUCGGUACGAAAUUUAUGACACCCUGGGAACCAAAGUUCGUGUAUGGAGCAAACGUUACUUCUCAAAAGCAUACCGCCUUAGGAGUGAUUUUAGUUAUAUGUAUAUUUUACUAUACAAGCGUGUGUUCUGCAAGUUUUAUGCUCGAGGAAAAACUGGAUGGCCUGCUUAGUAGAACUAUGACAGCAGGCGUUACAAUGUUUGAAGUUAUCACUGCAUAUUUAAUGCUGCAUACAUUGGCAGGUAUUGUUCAGACUGCUAUGUUGGCAUUUCUCGCGUUCUACAUUCUACAAUAUCCGUUGGUAACUGACGUCUAUUUUGAAAUAUUUGUUGUCCAAACCCUAGGAGGUUGGCUUGGAUUCUUUUUUGGUGUGUUCGUUGCUGCCUUAGCGAAUAACAGCAAUGAAGUUAUGCAGAUGACACUUGCAAUGGGAUCAGUGCAGAUGUUUGUGGGCGGACUUAUCUGGCCAGUUGAAGCUCAAUCCGAAGUUAUGCAAAACAUUUCUAGAAACCUACCCAUGAGCUUAUUAGGGACAGUACUUUCAAAUGCAAUUCUAAGAGGCUGGUCUUUAAUUAAUCCAACACAUAUAAACGUUCUCAUAAAAAUCAUGGCAAAUUUUUUAUUGAUUACACUGUGGUUCUUGGGUUUAAAGCUUUUUAAAAAAAAUCCAUGGAUUCACAAUUGAACUUAUGUUAAAAUGAUAUUAUAUAAAUGUAGUAUAAAUAUUGAUUAUUGUUACAUGUCAAUUCAGUUUAUUAUUUAUUUUAAGUUUAUGAGUUACAGUGUACACAUGCUCCUGUUAAAAUAACUAA